GCAUGCGUGCUUUAUGACUUUCCUCAAAGUCAUUACGUCACAGGAAGUCGCAGCGUUUCUGUCGGUUGGCGGCGUGUUGUUUUCACAUCGAUGGUUUUGGAUAAAUCGUUUGCUUAUUUUAGCGUUCUGUCUGCAUUUCUAGGCAGGUCUUGACACCAUGGCGCCGCUGCUGCUCCCCUGUCUUGUUGGUUCCUUGACGAGACAGUUGGGCCGAGUCGCCGGAUGCGCUGCUCUCGGCUCCUUACCUUCAGUAGGUGCACAGAGAUGCCUCUCCACCAUCACGGCUGCAGCGGCACGCUUCAGAGGAGUCGUGCACCCGGCGUAUGAGCCACACGCGCCGUUCCUCUCACUGCUGCUUGGACAGUCCCAGCAGCUCCUGCGCGUUCAACCGGCCGCUGGCAUGAAGACUAAAACCGCUCUCAAAAGACGCUGCAAAGACUGCUUUUUCGUCCGCCGCCGCGGAAGGCUGUUUGUUUUUUGCAAAUCCCACCCCAAACACAAGCAGCGGCAGGGGUGAAUGAAUCCAUUGAGACUGUUUCUCAAUCACUUGAAUGGUGUACUGAGCUUGUAAAGAUCAUAGAGUUUCUAAUAAAUUCGGCUUCCUCAACUGAAAA